UGAACUUGUCCAUCUUUCAAUUUGGAUAGUGCCAAUUAAAGGGGUGCUUACCAUAAAAGACCCUUUCUGAAUGGCGAACAGUACAGAUCAUGAUCAGACGGCUGAUCAUGAUCUACACUGGUCGCAAAGGCAGAAUUAAUCGUGUCCAGCAUGAUAAGGGUUAAGAAAUAUUUCUUGUGUGAAUUGUUUUGAUAUCCAAAAUGUGAUAUCCAUUUGUAUAGUAAUCAAAUUUUGGACCAUUGUCACGGAUUUCUACGCUGCGUUGAGGAAUGUCUAAUGCAUCGUAUGAGAAAAGGCAAAACAAUUAAUGUUUUGAAAGACGGAUAAAGGUUCAUGAAUAGAUGAAAGUUUAUAGAAUGAUUCAAGCCAUUUAUCAGAAUUAGCAAAGUUUUAAGUGAUCUGAGAACCAUUUCAUUUUCAUAAUAUUGCCUAACAAAAUAAAUUCGUACAAUAUUAUUCUGCAAUAAAUAUCGAUUUUAACACUGAUUAUAUAUUUUAUUUUCAGCAAGAUCUCGAUCAGUCGGAAUAUUGUGAUAUUUUAGAGUUUGCUGUGCAUUAUUAAAGGUGUAUCUAGAAAAGGAGAUAUAGAUUUUAAGCAAACUUUGAGAUGGGACGUUUGUCGGCACAGUUGAUUGCAGCUGUGUUGUUUGGCGUGGUCCUUCAUAAAGCUCUUGGUGACAGUACAACAUAUGUGGUUGCACUACUUGGCCAGGACUUACAGAAUGGAUCAACGAGAGCUGACAUAGAGUAUCAACUCGUGAUUGUCAAUGAAGAAUCAACAGAGAUUCAUGUUGAAAUAAGAGGUAUUUCUGGUCUUAUUAAAGGGCUGAAUGUAACAAGUAAUAUCAGAGUGACUCAUACCUUGAAUCAAAGCAUGGGCAUGAAUGGGUCGGAGUUUAGCAACAAAUCCUUACUAGUCCACUCUGAAAACGGAAAGUUUGUAUUACAAGUUUUUACAAAAAGAGAUAAUUACGUCGAAGGCCUUUUGGCUAUUCCGGUACAACGUAUGAUCGGUCCAAACCAACCCGCCCGUACACUUAUCUACGAUCACGUGGUUGCUACUUUCUGUGCGGUGGGAGGCUACUGUCAGAUCGCCAUAGCUGCGGCAGAAAACAACACCGAAGUGUUCAUCGACAUUCCGACCAACGUUGAAGAAAUAGCCUUUUGCAAUAAAUCCUCAUAUUACCGCUCGAAAUUUGACAAAAGAAUUACAAUGAACCAGUUCGAUGCCCUUCAGCUUGAAACCACAUUCGAUCUAACAGGAACCGUCAUCUUCAGUUAUAAGCCUAUUGCUGUUUUUGUUGGCUCAAGAAAUGUUACAAACGGAAACAAAAUUGCACACACAAUGGAACAGCUAGUCCCUAUAUCACACUGGGGGAAGGAAUACAUUGUACAAAAUUUAGGAUCUAAUGACUAUGGCGACAUUUUGAAGAUAGUGAGCCACUUCACAAACACAACCGUGACAAUGUCGGGUUUUCCGGCUUUCAAUAUAACAGAGCGAUACCACACUGUGACACGUCGGCUGGACAAAAGGAUGAGAAGUCAUAUACAGGCGUCACAUCCAAUACAGGCAAAGAAGUUGGCAGUUACAUGCAGAGAACAGGUGAUUCAGAUAACAGGGCUUACUUACGCCACAGAUGGUGAGACAUCCGCUUUGAGUAUGACCGUAGUACCAUCCAUACAGAACGCCUGGCAAAAAUUUACUGUAGCUUGUCAAAGGAACACAUCAGCACAGUUCCAUAUUGUUACAGAAAAAGAUUCAUGUCUUGGAACCUACGCUGCGGAUAAAAAUUUUUCUGAUGAACACUACCGAUGUAAUCAGCCGAAGUACGAGUCCAGAAUGAACUAUACAAAGUUUAUGAUAGGUACUAUAAACGUUACUAGCGCGGAACAUGCAGUCAAUGUCACAAACGCUGAAUCUAACGUCAAUGGAAUUCUAAAAUGUGGCCAAACUGCAACGAUGCCAAUCGGUGUCUUUUACAACAAAGACGUUACUGGUACAAUCCCUGCAAGUGUUCCUGAGUACCAAGGAGGCACCUGUUAUGAAGGAGGGAAAGCAAGGACACAAUUCUUUCCGAAGAGCACAACAGCUGGUCCCUACAUUCUAGAUUUGACAGAUUACGCGGAACACGUGCUUAAGCUGAGGGUUCAAGUGUGUGGAUCUGCAGAUCUACGGUUCAUGAAUUCUGAUAACGUCAUUGAUGUCAUGCUAAGCUUCAAAGGAAUUAGGAUCGCCUCUUGCUCACCUGACUGCGAAUAUCAAAAUACAACGAACUUUACCAGCGGCGGCAGUUUUAACGAAGAGGCGGGAAAAGACUGCACUUCUGAUAUGUCUUUCUUCUGGUUUUGGCAUACAGGAAGUACCUUCUGCAUUGGGACCGGUUACGAACAUAAGAAAGACGAGUGUGAAAAUGUAGCAGACGUCACAAAGGACAUAGUUAGGAUAAGUAUUGAAAAAUCAUUCGACCGAGUUUCAAUGAUAGGUACAUUUGCGAAUGCAUCUUUUAACUGGGAUUUUAUACAUGUCGAUGGCUGUAAAGAAUAUGAGUUCGGAUGGCGUUGUGCAGACAAAUUCGUGAAUUGUUCCCAGUACGAAGAAGGAUUUUGUACAGAACAAAAGUACAGUGAAUUUGCAAGAUUCUAUUGUGCAAAGUUUUGCGGGAAAUGUUUCGCUGACAGCUACGGAAGAAAGUUUAUUGCGAGGACUCCCUAUGUCGAUUCCGGUACAGAUUGUCUGAUGAUAGUGUCUCCCGUCAACAAACAGACUAACGUUGCCGUGACUUUAAAACGGCACGGAGCAACCGAGAACGUUCGGCAUGGGGCACGAAAUGAUAACGGCGGCGAAAGAUAUUAUAACUGUUCCGAAUCGCUGCGUAGUUUAGAUAUCUAUACAAUUUUGUCUGACGAUGACGUUGCAGUCAACAUUCUGUUCAAUUUUAGUAGGAAAGUAAAAAGUUUUAGAAUUUAUCCUGUGGAUACUUUUGGUACAGAGGUUAUGGUACUGGAAUAUAGUGAUGCCGCAAAAAGCUGUCAAUUUUGGUCCGAGCAUGACGGUGUCAACUUAAUAGCGUACUACUCGAUAAAUAAUCAGAAAGGUGCAGCAGACUCGGAAAGGAUGCAGAUAGAGAAAUUGUUUCGAACACCCAGAUAUAAUGAUUUGUCUGGAACACUUUUUCAAUUUGAUAAACCGUCUACUGUGUUUUGUGGCGAUUGGUUCUCGAACUUAACUAUUCACAAUCAAUACAGUCAACAUUUACCAACAAAUACUUGGUCGACCGAGUAUGUAGUACCUGCUUUUGAUGUAGAAGCUGUAAACCGACCAUUUGAUGGGAAGUUGUUCAUCGUCUCUAAUGCUGACAACACCAUUGUGAAUAUAUCCGGUGGUUUUGACGCUAUCCAUGCUAUCUAUAACAGAGGAGACAAGAUCGAACAGGAAAUUGACGUGAGUGCAGCUUACAAGAUCAAAGCGUCUGAAAACAUCGGAGUUGGUUUAUACCUCUACGAUCCAGCAGACCCGACCAAGGCGUCUUUCAACAUGUUAGUUCCGGCGCAAAGUUUUCACGAUACUGUCUUAACAUCAGUCCCCAUCAAGGUAUUGAAUGGCGUAGGCUUUGCUGUAACAGAAAUAAAAACAUACUUUGUUGAUAGAAACCUCAACAGCACAGUGGUGUCAAAAGAAGCAGACGACACAGGUCCGUUCUAUCGUCACGUGAGAAUUGGUGGUAGCGUAUAUGAAAUGACAGUAGUACAGUCUGGCACAGAAAAAUGGUUUGUGGUUCAAGGAAACGUUAAAAACGCUGUCAUUCAAACUGUAAGUACAUUAAAUGUGUAUCUUUUUGUUGAAAUGAAAAUUAAUUAG